UUCUUAGAUAAGGUUGGUAGUGUAGUGUUAUGUAGUUUGAAAACUAGUUUGCAUUUAAGUACAUUUAAAGAAAAAUUUUGUAUCUUUGAAUGGCAAAUAAUUAAAAGUUCCUUGUUAUUUGUUUAACUAAAAUCUAUCAAAAUGCAUUUUGUGCAGAAAUAUAUAGAAAAAUUGCCUUUAAAUAAAACCACUACUAAAACAAUUAGUACCGGCAGUAAAAUAAACAUUAAGCUUUACUGUAAUUACUAUAGUUUCUAUUCUCAAAAGGUUCUUAUGGCACUUUACGAAAAAAACAUAAGUUUUGAACCACUGGUAGUGGAUAUCACUAAAGGAGAACAAUACUCAACCUGGUUCCUUGAAAUAAACCCUCGAGGUGAAAUCCCUGUGCUAAAAGUAAACGACGAAAUAAUACCUGAUUCAACGAGAAUAUUGGAUUAUUUGGAAAAGUAUUUAGAUCCAGAGCUGCCACCACUAGUUAAUGUCUCAACAGAAGACAAAGUGAUACAUAACAUUAAUAAAUUCAGAGACCUUAUAGAAGCACUACCAGUUGGAGUUAUAACUGUGGGAUCAUUCUUCCAUCCCCAUUUAUCUGGAAGACCAAAGUUACCAUUUGUUUUGCCUGUAAGAGAAUUACUGAAAAGUGGUGACAUAGGAAGUUCUCAAAAUUUGAGAAGGUUAGCUGAAGAAAAUCCAAAAGCUAAGGAAAUUUUACUUUACAAAGCUGAAAUACAAGACAGAAAGCAUGAAAUAUUAGCAAGUGAAGAGGAAUAUUUAAAAAUAUUAAAUGUAGUUGAUGAAGUUCUGGCACUUAUAGAAGAGGAACUAAGAGGCCAAACUGAAGGUAACUGGUUGUGUUGUGAGAAUUUCAGUAUAGCUGAUAUCAACCUUGCUGUACUGUUACAAAGGCUUUGGGAGCUUGGUCUAGAGAACAGAUAUUGGGCAGGUGGGAAACGGCCUCUAUUAGAAAAAUAUUUCAACAGAGUAAAACACCGAGAGUCCUUCAAGCAAACUAUCCCAAAUCUCUCUGUUCAUAUAAAAAUGAUUAUACUAGCACAACCCCCAGCCUACUUGGGAGCUGCUGGAGCAGCUUCUAUUGGUAUAGUCUUUGCUGUGUACUACAUCAUACGAAAAUUAGUUCAUUAGUUUUUAAGAAAGUUUACUAGUAGGUAGAUAAUAAAAAAGAUUAUUAGACCAAAUUUAAGUGAACUUGUAGUGUUUUGAACAUAAAAUAACAAAUAUAACAAAUCGCAAUAAAAAAAUCUUUAUUACUAAUAAGUUAGUUUUAAAUAGAAUAAAUAAUAACAUGUAUAUUAGAAUUAAAAUAAUAAAAAUAUCUGAAUAUAAAACUUUUUUUUUAAUGUGAUAUUCUCAUUUACAUAAAAAACAAAAUUAAGUCAAUCACAUAUGCAAGGUUGGCAAAACAAGAGCUUAUAACACAAAUUGCAAUUAACACACAAUGGUGAUAAUGACACAUUAACAUGCUGCACUGCACUAUCAUCAUUCUUUAUUUAUUAGUAUUAAAUGAUAUGUAAUAUGUAAAAAUCUUUGUAAAUAUGUGCAUGUGUAAAUCCAAAUAAAACCAUCAAACAUUCUUUGAUUACCACCAAUUAUUCCCAACCUUUUUGUGGUACAUGGCAUGGCAGCCUUUAUAUAAUGUUAUAGUUGUUGCUAAACAUUGUUUAUUUAAUUACAUAACUCAAUCUGACUAGGCUAAGCAAUGUCACAGAUAGAGGAGCUAAAAUUACUUUUAAUUCUGUCACCCUUUACCAAUGAAAAAUAAAUUUAAAACAUUAACUAGUCUAAAUAAAUCAAGAAAACCAUAAUUGUAAGAGUCAAUUAAAAUUGGGAUUUGAAAAUAUCAUAGGUUCAUAAUUCUUCAUAAUUGUUUGUAGGAACUAUAAAAACACUGUUUACAAUUAUGAAAUUAGCCAUAUCAAUUGUUUUCAGAACUUUUAAGUGCACAACGAAAAGCAGCAAGAACUUCAGAUGGUGUUUAAUAUUAUAGUAUGUUUCUUAAUAGAUUACCACUGUCAUUAUCUUGUUUCAUCACUAGGUAUAUCUUCUUGACUUUUAUUCAGGGGCAUUCCCAUGAAAUGUUUCCCAUUUGUUGUACUUGUUCUUUUUUUAUUGUUGGGUGUAACAAAUGAUUUUUCUUUAUUAUAUUUAAAUAUCCCCUCACCUGGGAGAUUUGGUAAAAUAUUUGGUAUUGUAUACCAAACUCUGUAAGUCACAAACCAUGUAAGAAUAGCUAUCACUCCACUUAUAAAUUUCUCCACCAUAAUGUGGUAGUACAGAAUUGUAGAAACUAACAUGACAUCCCAAAGUAACUGCAAUAAAGAUAUCGCGAUAAGGAAUGCCCUUACAUAUGGUGUAAAGUUUUCAUAGGAUACUUUCAAGAUUUCUAAUUCCUCUGCACUUAUAUUUCUCAAGGGGUUUGUGCUUAUCGUUUUAUCCUCAACACUUCUUGAAUACUUUUCAUCUCUGAUAUAGUCCUUGAUACGCUCCCAGCCAUUAAUUGCCCUGGCUUCUUCUAUCAUUAUCAGACUUGAGUAAAUCAAAAUAAAGCAAUGUCCCGAUAUAUCAAA